CCGCACAAACCCCCGACACCUCCAAGCUGAACAUACAACAGUUAUUGUGGAUUCAUUUUCAUAGAUUCUCGAUGUUUCUUGAGGUGAAAGCCAUUCAAAGCUUGAGCGCAGAGAUCAAGAAACAUCUUCAGCACCUGAAUGGUCAAUUAACUGAUCUUCUAAGUAAGGUCGAGGGGGAAAAGACCGCACAUGACCUUUUUGAUUACAUCAAGGCAGAAAAACACAUUGAUUUUUGUUCGGACGAGGAAAACGAAUCAGACAUCCUGCUCCUCUUGGACAAGGUAGUGAACAGCUGGGCAUCAAGCCUGAAAACUUUAACUAAGGAAACUGGAGUCAGGAUUGAAGAAUUAUCGCGCUAG